UCUAAUUAGUUAUAAAGAGUGUUCAUAUUAGAAGAAUCCCAUUGUAUUGUGGCUAGGCAGCACAAGAGUGCUUUGAGUAAGAUACGAGGAUAAAGAUGAAUUCCUAUGUAGAAAAAUGUACGAGUGUAGGUCUAAAUGCAUGUAAUAAUGGGCAUACAAUUGUUUCUGAGAAAGCAACAUGUAAUACACAUGGGGAAGAUUCUGCUUAUUUUGCUGGCUGGGAUGAGUAUAGAAGGAAUCCAUAUGACCCCUUACACAAUCCCUCUGGUGUGAUCCAGAUGGGUCUUGCAGAGAAUAGGUUGUCAUUUGAUCUAUUGGAAAGGUGGUUAGAAGAGCACCCAGAAGUAAAAAUUACAUUCAGGCAGGAUUUAUUUAGAAAAUUGGCACUUUAUCAGGACUACCAUGGGUUGGAAGAUUUUAGAAAGGCUAUGGUCAAUUUUAUGGAGGCAGUGAGAGGAAACAAAGGUAAACUUGAUCCAGACAGGAUAGUAAAUACUGCUGGAGCAACUUCAGCCAACGAAGUAUUAAUGUUCUGCCUUGCUGAUCCAGGAGAUGUUUUCUUACUGCCCUCUCCUUAUUACCCAGGGUUUGACAGGGAUCUGAAGUGGCGCACAGGUAUAGAGAUAGUCCCAAUCCAUUGCUACAGCUGCAACAAUUUCCAGAUCACCAAAUCAGCAGUGAUAUCAGCAUACAAGGAAGCCCAGAAAAGAAAGAAGAAAGUUAAAGGAAUUCUCAUAACAAAUCCAUGCAACCCACUGGGCACAACAUCAAGUGCCAAAACAUUGAAGAUGCUACUGGCUUUUGCACAUAGAAAGAAAAUACAUCUAGUGUGCGAUGAGAUAUAUUCAGGAUCAGUCUUCUGUUUUCCAGAGUUUCACAGCAUUGCUAAUAUGAUGGCCAAAGAAAAUUACAGUAAGAGGGAUAAUGUACAUAUAGUGUACAGUUUAUCAAAGGAUCUGGGUCUUCCAGGCUUCAGAGUUGGGAUAAUCUAUUCCUAUAAUAAUACAGUAGCCACAGCAGCUAGAAGAAUGUCAAGUUUCUGCAUGGUUUCAUCCCAGACCCAGCAUUUACUGUCUACUAUGCUUUCAGAUUCAGAAUUUGUAAAUAAUUAUAUAGCUGAGAAUAAGAAGAGAUUAGAAGAGAGGUAUAGAUUGGUUGUUUCAGGGCUUGCACGAGCUGGUAUUAGAUGCUUGGAAGGGAAUGCAGGUCUUUUCUGUUGGGUAAACAUGAGUCAUCUGCUUGUAUCAAAUGACUUAGAGGGAGAGUUAAAACUAUGGAAAAAUAUAUUAUACGAAGCCAGAGUGAAUAUAUCUCCUGGGUCUUCCUUCCACUGCAUGGAGCCUGGUUGGUUUCGAGUUUGCUUCGCCGAUAUGAACAUUUCCACCAUGGAAGUCGCGUUGAGAAGGCUUGAAAACUUUGUAAAGCAAUGCAAGGCUACGCGUUAGGCUUUGUUAUUUACGUAUUCUUGAAGACAAAGCUAGCGUAAUCUUGUAGUUUAAGUAGACAUAGAUGUAUAUAAUUGUUUACAUGUAUAUAAUACUAUUAAUACUUACAGUUUGUUCCUACAAACCUGUGCCGACAUUUUAU